AUGGUGGUAUCUCUAGGUCCAGGCAAGUUCUAUGGCACCAGCCUUCCCCGCCCUCGCAUUUACACCGACGUCAAGCUAAACGACCAUCGGGUCGACCCACCGCUUUCGGUUAUGGACCCAUUUCUCUCCUGGGCCAACGAGGCUCAUUGGUCCAUGGGCGGCUUAAGCUACAAGCGCCUGCGUCUCCAAGGCCGGAUCGAAGGGAAUGUCUCAAAGCUCCGCGCCGAGCGUGAGAAGAUCGCGAAGAAGAACGAAAAGUUCGCCUCCAAAUCGCCUACAACCGGAUCCGAUCCUGGUGUGCUUAAGCGCAAGAAAGUUGUCGAUACUUCCGGUGACGACGAUGAGUCCCCUCCUCCCGCUCCGAUCGCGACCAAACGACGUAGAUUCAUGGAUUUGAUCGAUGAGGAUAUGAAUCGUGAAGAUGAGGAAAUUGGGAGCAGUAAGGUUCGAAGGAGGCGGCUGGUGAAGAAACUCACUGAUGACUUUGAUAAGGUGGCUGAAGAGAAAGAGAAAGCUUGCGAAACUCCGUCACGGAGUCUGAGAAACGGUGGUUCUGGGUCAAAUGGAUUGAGGAGUCGGCGACUGAUCUUGGAGGAUUCUGUUGCCCCCGCAACUGAGAUUGUGAUGGACAUUGUGAAGGAGGUGAAUAAGUUGAGUUCCAAGGGCAAGAAGCUAAAGGGGUCUGCAACGAAAGUGAAAUCUGGUGGAGGAAGUGAAUCAUCUCCGGUUACUAGAUCCAGAAAUUCUCCAAGAUUGGCUAAACAGAAAUGAGGAAUGAAGUCUCCAGAUCUCGAUCUCGAUUUCGAUUCUAGGGUUUAUGUAGUCAUUACCUUGUGAAAUAUAUUAUCUUUUUUAUAGUUUUUCCUUUUUUUUUUUUGAAUAUGUAAUGAAAUCUAAGUUUAAUGAUUCUCAGUUGAGCUAGCAUGAUGAGAAUAUAUGAAUUUAUUUCAUUUCAA